AUGCAGGAAUCAAAUCAAACUAUUAUUAACGAUCUUAGAGAUUACAUUCUAUUAAGAUAGUAUAUGCUUAAACAGAAAAUUUUUAUAAUGAAGAAUAAAUUAAUAAAUGUAUUUAGGAUUGAAAAAAGAUUAUUUGCUUAAAUCAUAAACCCUAUUGAUUUAUUUAAAGUGUAGGGUGAUAUAAAAAAGAAUUAGAAUUAAGGCCUGUUAAUAAAAAAUUUAAUUCUAAAAAGGAUCAAAAUAAGAUGUUCAAACAAACUCCUUAUCAUUUUUGAUUUCCUUAUUCAGCAGAUAUAUUAGGAAAUCAGGAUAUGUUUUUAGCAAAUCCUAUUAAAGGAUUAUUAAGUUUAUGAUGUGAAAGGAGCUGCUACUUUUUUAUUUAUGAUAUUUUCAUCAUCUGUUUAUUUAUGUUUAGAUAUUUCUAUAAAUAGGAAAGAACUAUGUCAUAAUGGAAUCCAAAAAUAAUAAAAACAUUCUUAAAUAAUAAUAUUUAAUUGA